UUUUCAGAUUUAUGACGGAGAAAUGCCAAAAUCAGUUGGCUGUAAAUAUUUUUCUUCGUGAUGACAAUGAGUUCGGCGACGAAAAAAAGUUGAUCGGCGGGAAUAUGCUGGAACAUGCGACUUUCAGCAUAAUAGAAUGUUUCAACCUGAAUGCGACAUUGAUUUCACUCUCAACGUGGCCAAUUUAUACAUUAAUAUUAAUAUCUAUGCAAUACAGCAGUUGCCUUCUGGAGAGCACAUGGAGUUCUAUAUUGAUUAUUGCUCUAUUUAUAUCACUCGAAUUGGCUCAACUAUUGAUUGUCUUCCCUCACAAGCAAAAUCAGACACCACUUGAAAUAAGUGAUGAACGUGAAGAGAAAAAAGAAAUGACCAUGCUCCAAAACAUUAACUUCUUCACUUUCAUUCUGAUAACACUCAGUUAUCUCGGUUUUUCAAUGACAAUUCUCAGUGAUAAAUUCUCAGUGAUGUACCAAGUUUAUUUUAUCGGAACCACCGUUCUCCUGAUAGCAAUGUUAACGUUUUUUGCAAGUAUUCAAGAAUUCAAGAAGGACACUUGGAUACAGGGUUAUGCAAAUUGGUUUGUUAAAAUCUCGAUUCUUGGCAAUAUUCUUGGAUCAAUUUUCAUGUUCAUUGGCCCAUCCGAGUUUUUGACAGUUUUCUGCUGUAUUCUAUUUCUACCAGUCACUCUUCACAUGAGAUUUGAAUAUUUCUAUAAAAAAUCAGUCAAUGGGACAAGUCUUUUGAGUAUUCAACCAACACGAGAUGUCUUGAAAAAACUGUUUGAGUACAUUCUUUUGACGAUUUGCUUUGUUUGGACAUUGAUAAUAAUUACAAUUCGGAAUCUUGUUGAGUGGACGUGCGAUUCCAACAUUUUCACUUUUUUGAUUAUUUUCUAUUUAGUUUUUAUUUUGCGAUUUACGUACAUUCAUGUCAUUACAAAGCGGGAUGUAUUUGGAACUUUUAAAAAGACAAAAAAUGUCAAUUUAUUAAUGUAUUCUAGAAGAGGCAAAGGUUCACUGUUAUUACGUAAAAAGAAAAGAGCUUACUCAUUUCUCAGGAAAUGAGACCAGUUUGGAAUAAAGAUCUUUAAAAAGGAUUUUAUUUAGACCAGUAGGCAAUAAUCGGCACUCCGCAUUCUCUAGUGUAUGAUUUUAAUUGAGAAUCCCAUGACAGCAAUAUUUACAAAAAUGCAAAAGUUUUGUAAACUUCAUAAAACAGUCAU